AUGAGAAGAGACGCCCAGCAACCGCUGAUGGUACCAAUCGCUGGCAGAACUCUCGCUUUCCCCUGCUGUCCCCGACACCUGAGCAGUCCUGACGAGCAGACGGCGGCUGAAGAGGAAUGUGUGAACACGCUAGGUCCAGCCACCGGCCUACUUCUUCCCAACACAGUCCAGGCGCACUAUCACGGAACAUCCUUCAAGGUGGACUGUAAUAUUUGUUCUUGUGUCGCUGGGACAGUGCAAUGUUCUAACCGCCAGUGUUUAAAUGAACUCAGCUCUGAAGAUGAUCGUAACAUGUUUACUGGACUACCUUGUAAUUGUGCUGAUAAAUUUGUUCCGGUUUGUGGUCAAAAUGGACGUUCCUAUCCAAGUGCCUGCAUAGCUCGCUGUGUUGGUUUACUUGAUCACCAAUUUGAAUUUGGACUGUGUUCUUCAAAGGAUCCAUGUAAUCCUAACCCUUGCCUCAAAAAUCAGAGGUGCAUUAUAAGAAGACAGGUCUGCCUUACCAGCUUUGAGAAAUUUGAAUGCCGCCAAUAUGAAUGCAUGCCACGUCAAAUUAAAUGUGAACAUUUGCGAGAUCCAGUAUGUGAUAGUGAUAAUAUGGAACAUCCCAACAUUUGCACUUUGUAUCAAAGAGGAAAACAACUAUCAUAUAAGGGGUCAUGUCAGCAUUUCUGCAAAUCUGUGGAACCAGUUUGUGGACACAAUGGGGAAACAUACAGCAAUGUAUGCAGUGCAUAUUAUGAUCGGGUGGCUGUGGAUUACUAUGGACGGUGUCAGGAUGUUGGAAUAUUCUCAGAUCACAGUUUCCAUACUGAGUGUUCCUCAGUAAAGUGCCCCCUAAAUCCUAAAUCUGGUUGUAUGCCAAUAAUACCUCCUGGAGCAUGCUGUCCAUUAUGUUCUGGUGUUUUAAGGAUUUUAUUUGACAAAGAAAAACUAGAUGCCUUUGCUAAGAUAAAGAAAAUGCCAGUAACAGUCAUGGACGUCUUGGAGAAAAUAAGGCCUCACAUAUCUGUACCCCAGUGUGAUGUAUUUGGAUACCUCAGCGUGGAAUCAGAGCUAGUAGUCCUUGUGGUACCAGUUGAUAUUCAUCCUAAAGCAAUACAGAUUGAAGCCUGCAAUAAAGAAGCAGAGAAGAUAAAUUCUCUUAUAAACUCAGACAGUCCAACUAUUGCAUCUCAGGUGCCAUUGUCAGGGCUUAUUACAUCCGAAGUUUUUAUAUCAUCAACUGUAAAUUCAGACUGUACAAAAAAUAUUUCAGAUAUUUUAUGUUUAUAUUCAUGUCUCUUGCUUAAUGUUUUAUAUAUGUUCUACCAUCUAUGAU